GGCUUCAGUACGUUCCCAGUUAACAAGCCAUGAUCGGGGAACUCGUGAAAGGCCUGGACUACCUCACUUGGGCAGUUCCCGCUGGUGGACCGAUCCGCUCAGCAUUCGGUCCGGUCGACCCAUCAACGAUGUUGAAUUCAGAACCGAGUCCGUAUCCUGAUCCGGACAACACGGAAGCUCCAGCGAGGUGUCGUACUGGCCAGUCGGCUCGUGUCGAGGGGUUGCCUUGGGCACCAUCUGUACGAACUCUCCACGACGUCUUCGCUCAUGCCGUGAAAAGUCAUCCCAACUCCAAGUGUCAAGGCACUCGAGAGCUCCUCCGUUUCGUGGACAUGGGGCAGCCGCUACCUGGCAAGGAGUUCGGCAAGACCACAUGGCGUACCUACCGCCAGGUGAACAGGCGCGUCUUCGCCUUUGGGGCGGGUCUGCGUGGUAUUGGUAACAACCCUCAGCCUCACUACGUUGCCGAUGUGGACUCCUUGACCGGCGCCAUAUCUCUGGUCAUCUUCGAGGACACCUGUGCAGAGUGGAUCACCGCGGCUCUAGGAGCCUGGUCUCAGAAUAUGAUCGUCACUACUAUAUACGGUACACUAGGACCAGAUGCUGUGGCACAGGCCUUCACAGAGGGCCAAGGGACUACUCUAUUGUGUAACAGGAAGAACGUGGCUGGGGUCGUGGCAGCUCGAGAGGACAUGCCAUCGUUGAGACACAUCAUCUACACCGAUGAAGGAGUUGAUGCUAAGGAGAGGAUGAGACCCAUACAGUUGGCUGAUACCCAUGGUAUCGAGGUCAUCAGAUUCGAAGAUCUGCUUCGACGAGGUCAAAGCUUGGUGAAGGACUACCCUCCAGUGUUGCCUCGGAAGGACAGUAUUGCUACUAUCAUGUAUACGUCAGGUACCACUGGCCACCCUAAGGGUGUCGUCAUAAGACAUAGCCACGCAGUAGCGUGUAUUCGAUCGGUACUGCCCCUUGUGCUGGAGCGUCUACCUUCAAACUUCACCCAUGUCGCGUACCUGCCGUUAGCCCACAUAUUUGAGUUGGCCGUCCACAUUGGGUGCCUCAGCUGUGGUGCUAGCAUCGGCUAUGCAGACCCAAAGAGCCUAACGUCCACUCUAAGCAAGCCUUGUGGAGCUCUGGAGGAAUACAAACCUCAUCUGUUCAUCGGUGUGCCUAAGAUCUUCGACGUCAUCAUGAAGGGAGCUAUCGCGAAGAUAGCGCUGGAGCCACCUCUCAAAAGAAGCCUCAUUAAUGCCGCUUUCGAGUCCAAGGCAAAAGCUAUUGAGAAUGGUCGAUUCACUCCUAUUUUCGACCGUCUUGUUUUCUCCAAGUUCGGAGCCCUUCUAGGUGGUCAAGUAAGGAUAUGCGUAUCUGGUGGAGGCCCUCUGUCGGGAGAUGUCCAGAGAUGGGUCAGGACGGCUUUUGGGUGUCGGGUCAUACAAGGCUAUGGUCUGACGGAGACUAAUGCGGGUGCUACUAUACAAUUAAUAGACGAUCUUCGGACGGGCGUGGUAGGGCCGCCAAUCCCGGGUGUUGAGAUAAAGCUACGGUCAUGUCUCGAUGCUAAGGGAGAACCUGAGAUCUUGGAUCGCCAUGGCAAGCCCUAUCUGUCGAAGGACAGUCGAGCGGCUAACGGCAAGCGAGUCCUUGGUCGGGGUGAGGUCCUCAUACGUGGACCAUGCGUGACGAGUGGUUACUAUAAACUGCCAGACAAGACUAAGGAAGCGUUUAAGCCUGAUGGAUGGUUCUAUUCUGGGGAUGUUGGACAGUUCUUGGAGGACGGUAGCCUCCAACUGAUCGAUAGAGUAAAGAACUUGGUGAAGCUACGGGGUGGCGAGUAUAUCGCCUUGGAGAACAUGGAGUUGGUCUACAGCAGCUCGGCCUUUGUGGAUGCCGUUAAUGGUGGCAUCAUGUGCUACGGUGAUGGCACCCUGGACAGGCCAGUAGCCAUGGUGCAGGUGAAUAGGGACAACCUUGAGAAGUGGGCCAACACUAAUAACAUCCAAUACAGCACUUAUGAGGAGCUGUUGAGAAAACCUGAGGCCAACAAAGCGGUUUUGGAAUCGCUGAGAAAGUGUUGGAAAGUUGGUAAGCUGUCUCCUCUCGAACAACUCUGUGCUAUAGUGUUGCUCAGUGAUCCAUGGACGCCCGAGAACAAGUAAGAUACCAUUCGUUUCUAUGGAAGUCACUGCCUCGUCAUCAGAUGCCUGACUGCGACUAAUAAGCUUUCGCGCCAUGGUAUUGCUGCUAAACACGAGGAGGUGUUAGAGAACUUGAAGGCACUCGGACGAGAUCCCUCGAUGCCGAUGUCGAUACCCACGACCUCCACAUCAUUUUCGAGGGCCAAGUUAUGAGUUCGUCCAGGGUGGUGGAGGUAUUUUAGGGUUGUCGUUUCUUAGCAGAUUUG